UUAGUUCUUUGUCGCUCUAUUAUAAAGACAACAUUAUCCAAUAAUGACUAACACAAAUAACGAAAACAUAAUUCCUCUAUUAAACACAGUAUCAAAAAAUGAAAACAUAUCAAAUCCUCAAUACGAAAUAACUUAUUCAAUGAAAAAAGGCGACGGUUAUUUAAGUGUAAUCUACGACGCAAAAAUUAAAAACGACCAAAACCAAGAAGUUCUAAGUGUAAUAACAAAAAUAUCACCAGAAAAUCAAAUAUUUCGAGAACAAACCCACAUCGAAAACGUGUACAAAAACGAAGUAUUGUUUUACGAAGAGAUUUAUCCGGCUUAUUGCGCCUUUCAAAAGGAAAAAGGUUUAAAUUUAUUCGAUUUUGCUCCGAAAUGUUACGCGACGACAUUAGAAAGUAACAAAGAGGCGCUCGUUUUGGAGAAUUUGAAAGACCAAGGUUACAAACUUUGGAACCGGAUGGUACCGAUGGACGCAAAUCACAUCGAAUUCACUUUAAAAGCGUACGCUAAAUUACACGGAGUAAGUUUCGCUUUUAAAGAUCAAAGGAGGGAAAUGUUUGAUGGAUUCCGAUCGAAAAUUGUUGAUAUUUUCGAGGAUUUUUCACGAAACGAUUUGCAUCUCGAAGUUUUUAAUAAACUUGCCGAAAAUACGGUUAACUUUUUUGACCCAAUAAAAGAUGAAAAAUAUGUAAAUAAAUUUAAGGAUUAUAUCAAAACAAUGCCAGAUUUUACUACAAAAUUUGCGAGUAGAAAUAUGGAUGAAUACGGAGUUAUCGGUCAUGGAGAUUGUUGGUGUAACAAUAUGAUGUAUAAAUACGGUGAUCCCAAAAACAAUUUAAAACCUACCGAAAUUCGUUUCAUCGAUUACCAAAUAAUUCGUUAUGGAUCUCCGGUGACCGAUUUUAGUCACUUUUUUUAUACAUCAAGUUCAAAAUCGGAAUUAGACAACAUCGAAUAUUACCGAAACAUUUAUUACGAUGAAUUAACUGCAACUAUAAAACAACUUGGAAGCGAUCCCAACGAAUUGUAUCCAAAAUCGGUAUUCGAUGCGCAUUGGAAAAAGUAUUGCGUCAAUGGGUUAAACGUUGCGCUAUUUCUAAUUAGGAUGAUGACGACGGAAGCUGAAGAAAUCCCCGAAUACAAUGAUCUUUCCGAAGCAAUGAAUGUAGUGGAGAAAAUGAGUUUUGAACCGAAAAAUGAUGGUUAUAAAGAACGGGUACGGGAUGUGGUGAUGCAUUUUUAUGAUAAGGAAUAUAUUUAGUUUAAAUAUAUAAUCAUUAGGAAUAGAAACAAAUAAAUAUUAUUUUAUAAUGAAAA